AUGGAGGAGAUGCUGAUCUGGGAGCAGCACACGGUGACGCUGAGCAAGGACCCUCAACGGGUGACCGGGGACACAGCGGUGGUCGUUUCGGAUGUGGUGUCGGGGGGACCGGCAGUGGGCCAGCUCCAGAGGAAGGAUCACAUUGUGAUGGUGAACGGCCUUUCCAUGGACAAUGUCUCGUCCUCCUUUGCCAUCCAGACACUUAAAACCUGUGGCAAGAUCGCCAACAUCACACUAAAAAGACCGAGGACAGUCCACGUCCCUGUGAGCAAGAGCAGCCCCGGGUCCCCCACUGCGCCCAGGCGCUAUGACUCGGACGAGGACCACGGGUCGCACGGUGCGGAUCCAGCCCUGCACCGCUCCCGGGAUGACCUGGACCACAGCCAGGGCUACGACGGGGACUCGUCCAGCGAGAGGAGCUCUGGCCACCACCAGGAUGACCGCCGCCACCACAAGCCAUUGUCCCGGAGCCGGAGGCGAAGCCAGGACAGCAACCACUGGAGACAGAGCCCUGGCAGCGGCUCCGAGACCAACGGGCUGGCCCUGGUGUCGGGCUUCAAGCGGCUGCCGCAGCGGGAUGUGCCAGUGAAGCCCAUCACGUCGGUCCUGGUGAAGCAGAAGCAGAACGAAGAGUAUGGCCUGAAGCUGGGAAGUCAGCUCUUCAUCAAGCACAUAGUGGAGAGCGGGUUGGCAGCCAAGAACGGCUCUUUGCAGGAGGGAGAUCUCAUCCUGAAGAUCAAUGGGGUGGCCAGCGAGGACAUGUCCCUGGCUGACACCCAGCAGCUCAUCGAGCGCACAGAGGGGAUCCUGACGCUGCUCGUCCUCCGGGACCACCGACAGUUCCUGGUCAACAUCCCAGACACAGGAGACAGCCAGAGCGACAGCUCUCGGAUGGAUGAUAUCUCUGACAUCGACUCUGAGCUGUCCCAUCCGCCAUCUCCUGAGAUGUCCUCACAACCUCCAGCUGCCGUCAGGAUCAAUUCACCACCGGAGAGAAGGCGAUCAAAGAGGGACCCUGCAGCUGACACGGUUGUGGAUUAUGCUGGAGAAUCUGUGGCUCAGCCCCCGCAGCCACCUCCUGGACAAGCCCUCCUUCCUGCAGGCCUGCUGGAAGCUGUGGAGGGGGAUAGCAGCCACGGCCCCCAUGCCAGUCCCCGUGCCCAAGCUGCCCACAAAGAUGGAUACAGCGCUGACUCCAGGGUCGUGCACUUCGUGAAGGCCAAGAGCAUUGGGCUGCGGCUGGCCGGUGGCAAUGACGUGGGCAUCUUUGUGUCAAGCGUCCAGGAGGGGAGCCCAGCUGAGAGCCAGGGCAUCCGGGAAGGGGACCAGAUCCUGCAGGUGAAUGACACCAGUUUCCAGAGACUGACCCGUGAGGAGGCUGUGGAGUAUCUCAUGAGCCUGCCGCCGGGUGAGGACAUCACAUUGUGGACCCAGAGCAAGCAGGAUAUUUACAGGAAGAUGAUCUCGUCCAACGUGGGCGACUCGUUCUACAUCCGGACACACUUUGACUUCGAGAAGGACACGCCAUCAGGGCUCAGCUUUGUCCGUGGGGACGUCUUCCACGUGCUGGACACCAUGUACCGGGGCAGGCUGGGGAACUGGCUGGCUGUGCGCAUGGGCAGGGACCUGCAGGAGCAGGACAAGGGCAUCAUCCCCAACCGGAGCAGGGCCGAACAGAUCGCCAGCCUGGAGUCGGUGCUGAAAGCCACAUCUGGUGCCAAUCCCUCGGGGGCACGGGCCGAGUUUUGGAAGCUUCGGGGCCUGCGGGGAGCCAAGAAGAUGCUGCGGAAGAGCCGGGAGGACCUGUCUGCCCUCACAAAGCAGGGCCGCUACCCGCCAUACGAGCAGGUGGUCCUGAAGGAAGCCAGCUUCAAGCGGCCAGUGGUGAUCCUGGGCCCCAUCGCAGACAUUGCCAUGCAGAAGCUGAGCAUGGAGCUGCCUGAGUUGUUUGAGAUUGCCCCGAGCAUGCCCCGAGAUGGGGCAUCAUCCAAGGUCAUCAAGUUGGAUUCGGUGCGGCAGAUUGCGGAAAAGGACAAGCACGCCUUGCUGGACAUCACGCCUUCGGCUGUGGAGCGCCUCAAUUAUGUGCAGUACUACCCGGUGGUGGUGUUUUGCGAGCCCGAGAGCCGGCAGGGCAUCAAGGCCAUGCGCCAGUGGCUGGCACCUGACUCCCGGAAAAGCUCCCGGCGCCUCUACGCCCAGGCCAGCAAGAUGAAGAAGCACUGCAGCCACCUCUUCACCGCCACCGUCAGCCUCAGCGGCAGUGGAAAUGCCUGGUACGAGGCGAUCAAGGACAUCAUCACGACACAGCAGAGCCAGCCUGUCUGGACAGCAGCAGAGCAGGCAGAUGUGGCACUGGAGGACAGCCUGGACCUGAAAAAAGCGGCCUCGGGCUACCUGACCUGCGACAGUCGUGCCAACAGUGACUACGAUGACACAGACGGCGAGGCGGGCGCCUACACCGACGGCGAGGUGGAGGACGCCUAUGACCAGCCCGGGCUGUCGCGCUCCUCUGAGCCAGCACAGAUGUCCCCAAGCCACAGCGUGAGCGAGCACAUGGAUCCCCCCAUACCGACACUCGAGCAGCAGCGGCAGGGCCAGCGCUAUGACAGCAUCAGGGAAUACGAGCACGACGCUGUGAGGAAGAGGUUCACACGGGCCAGGGAUGAGUCAGACGAGGAUGAAGGCUACGAGUGGGGCCCAGCCACAGAUGUGUAG